ACCGCAGCACACUCCCACCUGCAGCCUGAGGUCAUAUCCUCCAUAGGAGUAUUAGAGGUGAGAUCCUCUAUAGGAGUAUUAUACAGCAACUCACCGGGUGGGCAAUUGUCCAUGGCUGAUCCAAGCACGCCGUGCCUCGUCGGUCCCGUCCCGUUCAAGGACGUCGCCACCGCCAUCGACGACCACCACAGCUCCCCACCCGAAGAGUCCGGGGACAUUAUCUCCGACCUGCCCAGCAGCACCGCCCUGGGCAUGGUCCUGCGUCAGUACCGUGGCUCCUGGGUGAUCCAAGAAGAGUCACCGGGUUCAUCUCUCUCCAGCGCCGCUUCACGCCACGCCUGGGCGACGUCCUCCUCGCGAGCUCGGCCAAGUGCGGCACGACCUGGCUCAAGGCGCUGGCGUUCGCCACCAUGGCGCGGGGCGCGUACCCGCCCGCCGACGCGCAGCACCCUCUCCUCCACAUGAACCCGCACGAGUGUGUCCCCUUUAUGGACGAGCUGUUCACCACCGGGCAGGAAGCCAGGCUUGAGGCGCUGCCGUCGCCUCGGCUCAUGAACACGCACACGCAUCACUCCUUGCUGCCUGCCUCUGUUACCGAUUACCCCGACUACAAAAUUGUCUUCAUCUGCAGGGAGCCAAAGGAUAUGCUUGUUUCCUUGUGGCAUUUUCUCAAAGGUGUUCGUUCUUUCACGUUUGUUGAUCUGUUUGACGCUGCCUGCGAGGGGAGGGCCCCAAAUGGCCCUAUAUGGGACCACCUCAUCCGCUACUGGAACACAAGCAAGACCAGCCUGGACAAAAUCCUAUUCCUGAGGUACGAGGAGAUGCUCAUCGACCCGGUCGGCCACGUCAGGAAGCUGGCGCGGUUCAUCGGGCAGCCAUUCUCACAGGCCGAUGAGGCCGCGGAGAUUCCAGCGGACAUCGUGAAGCUCUGCAGCUUUGACAAGCUCAAAGGCCUAGGGGUCAACAAAGCAGGCUCCUUUGAUGGGAAGGUUUUCAAUUUCUCCCAUGAAUCCUUCUUUAGAAAAGGGGUGGCCGAAGAUUGGGUGAACAAUAUGACGUCAGAGAUGGCGCAGCGCUUUGAUACCAUCAUUGAGGAUAAGCUUAGAGGGUCCGGACUCACAUUCAAGUGA